AUAUUCCAUUGUCUGAAUAGACCAUAGGCUGCUCAUUCAUUCAUCCAUCAAUGGACAUUUGGGUGCUCUCACCUUUUGGCUAUUGGGAACAGUGCUGCUGUGAACACCAAUGUCCUCCUAUCUGUUCAGGGCCCUGCCCCCAGUUCCUUUUGGGCAAUUCUCAAUUUCUAGGGAAAUGCUUGGAAGUGGCGUUGCUGGAGCGUCUGGCCGUUCUGUUCUCCGGCCGCUGCACCGUUUCCCAUCCCGCCCAUGUCCUCGCCAACACCCGCAGCUUGUUUUUGCUUUGUUAGUGGUUUUGGUUUUGGUUUUGGUAAUAGCCCUCCUCGUGGGUGUACAGUAGUAUCUCACUGUAGUUAGGAUUUUUUUUUUUUUCAAGAUUAGAAGGUGGCAAAACUUUUGGCCAAGGCUCAUUCCAGGAUUGCACAUCAGAAACCGGAAUUUAGGAAAAAGGGAGGAAGCCACAGCUGAAGGACGUUAGGAUGGGCCGCUGGGGGCGGGCUUUGGGCAGUUUUUCGUGCUCAGGCAUAGGUGAGAGGCCCCGGUGCUGAUUCCAGGGUCUCCUCUCGGCUCACAUCUCCUGGAGCAGCACCAGGCAGCCGGGUCUCCGCGGAGCCAUGACACUCCCAACCCCACAACCUCCCACAGCCUAUUCUGCGUAACAGGGGUCCUUUUUGAAGAGUCUGCUGUGUGCCAGGCACCAAAUGGAUCCUCACAAAUCCUCACAUGGACCCUAGGAGGCAGCCUUCCUCUCUGCUGGCCUCGGGGUGCAUGCGUCCUUGGAGCCCUACACCCUGCCCAUGACCAGCUCCAGCUGGGAGCCCCGGCUGGACUCCCCAUUUCCAUCAGGCCCUUCCACCGGCUCUGCGGGGGCCGGAGUCAUGGCUGAGCCCAGCAAGCAGGGCCCCAAGAACCCACGUGUGUCCGGCGUGACAGUUCAGCUGGAGAUGAAGGCUCUGUGGGAGGAGUUCAACCAGCUGGGCACAGAGAUGAUUGUCACCAAGGCAGGCAGGAGGAUGUUUCCCACCUUCCAGGUGAAGAUCCUGGGCAUGGACACACUGGCUGACUACGCCCUGCUCAUGGACUUCGUGCCUCUGGACGACAAAAGAUACAGGUACGCCUUUCACAGCUCAGCCUGGCUGGUGGCAGGCAAAGCAGACCCGGUCACGCCCGGUCGCGUGCACUUCCACCCGGACUCACCGGCCAAGGGCGCACAGUGGAUGCGCCAGAUUGUGUCCUUUGACAAGCUCAAGCUGACCAACAACCUGCUGGACGACAAUGGCCACAUCAUUCUCAACUCCAUGCACCGCUACCAGCCCCGAUUCCACGUGGUCUUCGUGGACCCACGCAAGGACAGUGAGCGCUACGCCCAGGAGAACUUCAAGUCCUUCAUCUUCGCGGAGACCCAGUUCACAGCCGUGACAGCCUAUCAGAACCACCGGAUCACCCAGCUGAAAAUAGCCAGCAACCCUUUUGCCAAGGGCUUUAGGGAGACGGACUCGGAAUCCUGGACUGUAUCUCCACGAGCCCUGUUCAGCAUCCCGGCCCGGAGUCACAGCGGCCUCAGUCCCUGCCUGCUGAAGUGCCCUGCAGGGCAGGAAAAAGACCGCAACAAAGCUCCGGCCUCCAACUCCAGGACAUCUGCCCGGCUGCACCAUCAGCUGCUGGCCCCCCCUGAAGCUCUGCUGGCCCCAGCCACCUACCAGUCCCUCAACUACCAGGGCCUGUACCCUGGUGCUUCAAGUCCCCUCAGAAUCCCAAGGGCCCGACCAACACCGUAUCCCCUCCCCAGUAUUCAAGCUGACAGAGAUCAGGAAGGCCUGCCCCUCCCAGCUAGGCUGGGGCUCCUGUCCCCCACUGCCAUGUGCUUGGGGCCUGUCCAGGACCCUCAGUGAUAAAGGCCCUGUGGACAGACUUCUCUUGCCCUGAAUGCUAUCCCCUCCAGCCUUGCCUGUACAGAGACCCUGUCCCCUCCCAAG